UCUCCCGACUGAGUUGUUCAGCCGAACAAAAGUACAUUUUCCCGAGUGCCCACACUGCCCCGCCUGCCUGUAAAAAUCAAAAGGGGCUCCAUGAACACGAGCAGCCGGCUCAUUCAUCCCAGUAACGUAAAAAUUGUGAAAAUAACGUGGAAAAGAGGAAGUCAGUGCCUUCUGAUCUGCUGCGAUCGAGCGUGGAGUAGAACAAGUGCCGCUUACUGCAGACUCGGUGACGCAUGCGCCCACGAAGCGCGGCAAAUUGGAGUGUUCGAUCAUAAACAUUAUUUCCCGUAGAAAACUGCCGGACAUUUGGUGUUGCUCGGCAAACAUUUAACAAAGUGAAGGCAAUCAUUACGUUCCAUUACAGUUGCGAGCAUAACGAGUUAAUUUAAUUAACUAUUAUAAACCUGCGUCGCAGCGAGAAAAUCAACUAGUCAAUGUUCAAAGGAUCGGAAAAUCUCUUCCCCAUUCUCGUUGACGCGCCGCUGCACACCGGGGUAACCUUGACAUUUCAUUGUGACGCGAUCACGUUUAUUUUAGAAAGGUACUUGAAGAGCUAACGGUACAGUGCAGGUUAAAACAGUAGAACCCAAGCUGAGCAAUUUCUUUUGCACCCUUUCUCCUCGCGAAGAUUCGAGAACCGUUUCCCCUGGGAGAUUCAAAUGAUUUUGUUUCAACUCUCUGAAGUAGUUUUGUAAGAUUUAUCGCGAUUGCACGCAGACGCAGAAAGGGGCGGUUUUAGGUGCUAUCGGUUCCUGAAUGAUCAGCACUUUUAGGGCAAUCGAGAGAACUGCUCACCAUGGAAUUCCGGUGAGAUAUCUAUCAGCCGGUGGGAAACCGAUGGCUUCUGAGGUCUUAACGAGCUACCUGAUGCAGACUAAAGAGCCACCGUGGACCUCGUACUUCGUGAGGUACACAGAUGUCGUCAACGAUCAACGUGGCAUGUCACACUUCAAUUGGCCAGUGGGAAGUAGCAACUACCACGUACUCCGCACAGGUUGCUUCCCCUACAUCAAAUAUCACUGUACAAAACGCGCGCACGAGGACCUCAGCGCCGAUGACAAAUUCUACAAGGCGAUCAAGAUAAUUAACCUUGGUAUUCCUCUUCUGCUUUACGGCCUCGCUGCAACCCAAUUGAUAAGACACGAGGAGAUCGUUAAAACACCCAGGGGCGAGGUUAAAAUUUAUUUUCUGCUUCCUGAAGAUAAAGGGUCUCUGCACUGAGAACCAAGACUCAACAUUGAUGACUAUUAGAGGAUUGGGGUGUAUUUGGUCAAACUUUUUAUGUUCAGGAAUAUUUCAAUGUUGAGGGAAAUAGAAAAUUUUGAGCAACAAAUUGGAGGAAUAGUGGGUGUUUCCGGGUUAAAAGUUUGAGAGAAAGGUAUUUAUUUGCUGGUUGGAGGCGGCGAGAUGACUGUUUAGAGGAUACCUUGAGGGCUUCGUUUAGUCUUUCAAAAGUCACGAGUAUUUAUUACCCAUCUCGUUAAGUUAUUGAACCCAUGGCAAUUGAUUGGGUUGUUAAUUGCCGUGAUUAUUCAUUCGAUAUUGGAAUAGUUCUUUAGUCGCCAUCUUCUAUCAAUAUUAUGUCGAGAAUAUUCAUGAUUCCAUGGAGAAAACUUUGUGAGAAGGGCGAAAAAAUCAUUAAUGAAAUAUCUAAUUUUGUAAUGUUGUCAAUCUGUGGAUCUUAUGAAAAUAAAUAAAUACUUGGAGCCAACAGGUU